ACAUCGUAGAAGCGAACACUCUUGCGCAAUAAAAAAAAAGUUUCUGCUUCCGUUAGGUCACCGCAUUAAUGCGGUCAACAAAAAUGAAGUCGGGAAGUAGGUGUUGUUUUUGAAUGUAGUUGCAAAUGUGGGAAAUUACAAAGAACAUAUUAAUGGGGAUAUGUAGUGGGCUAGUGGUGGCAGUGGAGGAUGGCUGAGCCAGACAGGAGCUCCACCAAUGGGACACCGGAAAACGAUAAUGAAGCUGACUCGGGGACUCCAAACGACUGUGGCAAUAGUAAUGAAGAAGGCUGCGAUCAAGAUAACGAAGCAGAUCAAUCUGGUGGCGGAAUAAGUCCUGGGGCGCCAGAUGGGUCCAUAAACACAAACUACGAUUCCAGCGACGGCGUUCUUGCUUUGCAUCAGUGCGACAGGUGUGAAAAUUUUGAGACACUUACCCACACUGCCUUGCUCGCUCACCUGGCCCAGUGCGUCGGUGGGGAUGGUGAUGCUACUGCGGAUGGUCUCCGAAAUCAUGACCGUAAAAUUUUCGAAUGUGAUGUUUGCAAUAUGAAGUUUUCGAAUGGGGCAAACAUGCGCCGGCACAAGAUGCGUCACACAGGCGUGAAACCAUACGAAUGCAGAGUGUGCCAGAAACGUUUCUUUCGAAAAGAUCAUUUGGCGGAACAUUUCACAACCCACACCAAAACGUUGCCUUACCAUUGCCCUAUUUGCAACAGGGGAUUUCAGAGGCAGAUUGCCAUGAGGGCACAUUUCCAAAAUGAACAUGUUGGACAGCAUGACAUGGUUAAGUCAUGUCCUUUGUGUACCUACAGGGCCAAUUCAAUGAAGACUCUGAGAGUGCAUUUCUUUAACAGGCACGGCAUAGACCUGGACAACCCCGGGCCGAGCUCGCAGGCGGUGUCGUCGGCGCUGCCGGGCGGCCACUGCUCGCCGCUCGAGGCCAACGUGUCGGCGGCGUACAGCGACAGCGGGGACUCGCUGGGCGCCCGCUCCGUCGACAACGCCACCCCGCCCAUGCACUUCCUCACCCCUCACGUGGAGAUAUCCAUGGCGGACGCCCCUGCGUCGUUCUCCGCGGCGUGCGACCCGGGGAGUGCGACGGCGCCCCAGUCGAGCUCCGGGGACCCGCCCCCGCAGCAGCCCCUGAACGGGGACUGCCCGAGCUCCCCGAACUCGGGCGACUCCAGCUCGAACGCUCCGUCCAGCAGCCUCGCCGCCGGCCGGCCCCUGCAAGCGGACCACGACGCCCCCGCCGUCGUCACCCCCUCCAUAUCCCUGAUCCCCAUCAAGCAGGAGCUGGUGCCGGAGGAGAGGCCCCGCUCCGGCGGGCCCGUCAACCUGUCGACCGGCCGCGGCUGUGCGGACGCUGCCGGCGGCAUCCAGUUCCAGUCGGCCACCUCCAGCAGCCUGUCCACGCUCAUCAAGGUGUCCCCUCUGAAGUCUCUGCUACGGGACGACCUGAAGCGCAAGAUCACCCAGAACCACACGGUGACGUCCCGCGGCCGUCCCAGCUCCGGCUCGCCCCGGCCCGAGAGCUCGUUCAGCAUCCAGCCCGUCGUCGCGACGACCACCAACGGCGCGAUAACCUCGACGGGGCCCGAGCAGCCCCUCGACUCGACUGCGUGGCAGCCGCCCAAGAGGGUGGUCCCCUCGCUGCAGUGCGCCUUCUGCGGCAUCGCGUUCCCCGACCAGACCCUCUACUUCCUGCACAAGGGCUGCCACUCCGACAGCAACCCCUGGAAGUGCAACAUCUGCGGGGAGCAGUGCUCGAACGUUUACGAGUUCAACUCCCACCUGCUCAGUAAGACGCACCAGUAGCUUCGUCGCUCGUACCGUAUUUAUUUUGUUUACGUGUCUGAGAUUUUAAGACUGCUAUAUUUAGCAAGUAAUUUUUAUAGAUGUUUAAUUUUAUUUUUGUAGUUUUAAGUACAUAUUUUAUUUAUUUAAAGAAAUGUUUAAUUUUUUUAAAGGGGUGUAUCUUCAGCUCAAGAUCUGGUAAUUCCCUUUACACAACUUACUAUUAAUACUUAUUUCACUACACUUGUUACCAGAGGCAUACCUAGUGGGAGAAAUGGGAGGGGGGGGGGGGUAGAAUACCUUAACCCAAAAUCCGAAGAAAUUCUAAAAUAUCAUUCGCACCAACAAAAAAGAAAGAAUUUGGAAGCAAAUAGCAGGCAGAGGUUCAAUACCCUUCCCCCUUCCCGCCAUAUGGAAUUCUGCAUAGGUUUUUGUAUGUCAUUCUUCAUAAUAAAAAAAAAAUUGGCAAUUAACAUUUCUAAUACAAACAGUUAUGUUUUUGAAUUUUUGGCUUUUAGCAGAAGUAUUGAAACUGGUAAAAAUCACAAACCACAGCAGAAUUACCUAUUUUGUUGUAGCAUACCAUUACAUUUAUUUAUUCACAUAUGUGAAGUCAUUUUGAUAUUUAUAGCUGUCAGUAAAUCUCUGACAAUGUUGGAACAACGAGCAGGGUAAGGGGAACAGGGAAGGGCUUAUAAAGUCCCCAGUUGUGGCCGCAUGUGGCAAGGAAAGACGUGUGUGUGCUGCUUCAUCUCCUGGCCCAACCCACUUCUUGUUUGCUUCGGUGAGAGCCACCCGGCUCCUGUUCCAAGUCAAGGAAAAGGCAAAAGGCAUUUCUCGAGAUUGUCAGGCGCACGUGGUUGCUAGAUUAGUGGGUCAGCUGUCUCGCCGGCAAGCUAUCAAUAUCAUCUGUCUCGUGUUCGUGGCAAAGUUCUUUUGUUUUAUUUCACGGGAAAGUGAACACUAGAGGUACUCUUUUAAAACAAAAUAAAUAUUUAUUUACCUUUGCGUAAUCCCAGCACCUUAUGUUUUGGGUGAAAAAUGAUUAAAACUGUAGCAUGGGCAGUGUUAGUGAAUGAGUGCAAUCACGAGUACACCAAUCCCUCACUUAGCACGACUAAUUCGUUCCUAAAAAUGUUCGUGUUAAUCGAAAUCGCGUAUUCUGAAGCAUUAGUCCCCAUAAAUAUAAGGCUAAAUUAUUUAAUGUGUUCCAAGAUGUGUAGGGAAGUAAUCUUUACAUAAUAUAAAUGCGUAGAAUAAUACUUGAAAAUGCAUAUGUCAUAUCAUUUAUCUUUUUAAGCCUACCACCGAAUACGUUAGAUAAAGAAAACAUGGCACAGUGUAACGGGAGAUAAGUGGUAACAUAUUUACAGUCAGUCAGCAGAUUGGCUUGCCCGCCCAGGCGUGACCUUCAACACGCGCGCGCGUCUGUCUGCCUGCUGUUGCAAGCAGCUGGAUCCUUUGUUAUUACGUUUAAAACUUAACAAAAUUAAAACACUUUUAUGAAAUUAAGAACCGGUUUUAUAUAACUUUAAAAAACACAGCCAUAUGUAAACAUUUAAUUUGUUAUGCACACCUCUUAUAAAAGCGGCUAUGUAAACAAAUCAGUUAACAGAUAAACAGUUAGAUUUUCCCUAGAGCACAAACAUAACAUUAAAAUACGGGUACACUCCCUAUUUAACGCGGUUGUCGGGGGACAUAACUUUUACCCGCGUUGUUGCAUAACCGCGAUGUUGUGUUCUAAUAGGUCGGCAAGCACGCACAGUAUAGACGGCCCGCCUUUGUGCGGACUUUGCAUCCGCAGUUUCCACUAAACACGGGUGAAAAAAUAAAAAUAAUAAAUUUUAAAGAUAAAUAUUAAAUGUUGAAUUGUUUUUAUUUUUCCGCGUGCCGCGCACAGUUUGUCGCACGGCCUACGAGCGCGCCACACGCCGCCAUACACAUGUGCGGCACACAAGCUGCUGCUGCCAGUCUCGUGGUGUUAGCCACAGUAUCUGCUUCGUCAGUGUCCGUAACAAAGUAAGUGCAGUGUGUGCGGUUACACACGAUUCUGUGGUCAAAGUCUUCUAAAAAGAAAGGCCGUAGUGAUACUUCAAACCGAAUAUGAAUCGCAAAGUACCGAGUUUGAUUGACAAAAUAAAAAUUCUAGAUUUACUUACAGAUAGCUUGUCUUUUGUAGAAGCAGGCCGCAGAUACAGGAAAAAAACGAUUCUAGCAUUCGUACAAUAAAAAAUAAAGAAUCGUCUAUCGAGUCAAGUGGUUAAACUUUAUUAUCCAUGCUUACAUUAAAUUAUAAAUGGUCACAUGUGGGAAACAAAAAUUGCGCCAAUUUAAUUUUAGCGCAAUCAGUGACGCCGUAUUAAAAACCGUGUUAAACUUUGUCUUUACUUAUUUCACCAAACGCUGUGUCGAGUUGCUGAGUGUGUGUGGCUCGGAUCGGCAAGUGUUAUAUUCACCAGCCUCUGUUUAAAGGUCGGGAGACCGCUACACAUAAACAUUUACGGGACUUGUUUACUACCUCACGGCAAAAGUGGUACAGGAUGGUUCACGUAAAUAUUGGACCACUGGGAAUUCCUGGGCAAAGAUUAAAAAUACGCUAGCCGAUUUACUUUACUAUUUAAUGUUAAAACAUUAUACCAAAGUAAAAAUAUGAACUUGUAUAAUACAAUGAAUUACCCAAUAAUAUUACGUCUGUAGGUUUAAGUUGUAACAAAACAUUUAUAUACAGAUGUCCAGUAAAGUACCAAUUAAGAUUCUGGAGUGGAAUUUUAAACACCGGACUACCUGAUUUUGCCUUGUACGCAUCGACGCUGCUCAGUCAAGUGACUCAUGCUCUGCCUGUGUGCUGCGUGAACACAUUCCCUCCCCCACUCCCCCUCUAGUUUCUGCCCGCUCUAAUCUCUACCUCUCUCCAUGUUCUCGGCUAGCCUCUCCCUACCCAGCGCUUGCCGACAACCAAGUCUAUCCAACAUCAAUCCCUAGCCGAGUCACGCUGGACAAUGUCGCUGGAUGGUGGGCUUUAUCAGGUCCCCUGUCCGAUGCUUCAUUUGUGAGAUAAAGCGACGUUAAGAACUAGUGUUUCAGAAAAUAUCACUGGGCUGGAUUGGACCAUAAUUUGAAAACCCUACAAGAUAGAUGAAUAAUGUACGGAGAUAUCUUGUUUAAAAUUUUACUGCGGACAUUUUCUACGCCUAGGCUUUUUUCUGCCCGAUGCUUAGUUUGUUAGUUACAACGCAAAAUUAUCCUAAUCGGCUGUCAACCAUUUAUUCCAUUAUUAUUAUUAAUUUCUGACUGGGGGACAUGGUUUGACCCGCGAUAUACCCGAUUCUGCGAUAUGUACAUAUACAAAACAUAAAAGUUAGUUAAAUAUUUUCUGGGGUGAAAUUAACACUAUCAUCUUGCUUUUUUUAAAAAAAACGUGUCCAAUUUCAUCUGCUUUGGUUUCUGUACGGUACGGCCUGGUCUGCAGCCGGGCAUCAACGGUAGGGCCUGGUCUGCGGCCGGGCAUCAACAGUACGGCCCGGUGUUUGUUUAUCUGCGUGCGCAUCUCUUUCCCCUCGCAUUCCAAACCACUCUUCCCCCCUUGAAUUCCAUACCUGACGUUGUGUCGUUUCCGAGAUUUUUUUUAGCCUGUGGCGAUUUCGUGCUAACUGAAAUUUACAGACGUGCUAUUCGAGACUAGGGCAGUAAAAUUUACAUCGUGCUAACUGAAUUCGCAUUAGUUGAAGACGUGCUAUGCGAGGGAUUGGUGUACUGAUUUUCUUUGCAAUAAUGCAUGGUUCGCUGUCAGAAAAAGUGGUCUAUAGCAUUUUUUAUUUUGCUAUCACAUACUCCAAAACUUAAUAACUCCUUAAUAUAUCUCUCUGGCCACAGAGGGAUAGAAAAGCCUGAACAAACAUAAAAAAAAAUAUAUGUAAAAAAACAUAAGCAAAAAUGGAAAUACUAUAAAUUCUUUCCCCUCCCACUCCUGUUCAAGGAAACAUUAUGUUAUUUUAAUUCUCUGGAAUUUACUUCUUUCCUGGAGGAUAUGCCCCUGGAAAAUACACCACUUGGCAUGUUUGUACCACUAAUGUCAAUGUGGGAUUCUAAAUCUAUUGUACUGUGAAAGCUCAAUCAAGGUAUAUUUAUUUUUGGUUUUGUUUCUUGUAAUAUUGUAACGAGGUUGUGAGUGAACAUUCCAAUAAUUUAUUUAUAUUAUUUUUAAUUCUGUGAGUGAAUUGUCUUUCUUUUACUAUAAUUGUAGCAAUGUUGAGUUUGGUGUGAUACAUCUAUUAUAUCUUCACCAAAUUCGAGUGAUAUACUUAUAAUUUCCUGCACAUCAUUAAACUGUAUUCAGUUUCUGGUGGAACACAACUCGCAUGUUUGAGGAAGGAAAAGUUUUUUUUUUUAUGCCAAUUGAUUCUCUUUUUUAUAUGUUAUAAACAUUUUGCAUAUCUCUACAUGCCUGUGAAUUGAAUUUUUUAGGAGCUCCCCUGCCUAGAGAUUGUCAUCGCUUUCGAGGCCCAGUAGCAAGAUAGCUUUUAUUGUGACACCAGUACGUGCACUGUAAAUUCAAUAGUCUCUGUGCAAGAGACUGAACCGGUACGUGGUACUGUCAUUGUGCUGCAUGUAGUUUUUGACUUCAGCGUUGGACCCAACGAUUCUAUACAUGUGACCCCGGUAAAGAAGUUUGAUAUGCACUAUGAUACAGCGGAAGGAUUUAAUCCGACAUGUUAUGGUUUGGGACAUCGUGCAAUCCAACACAAAUCCAUCUGCAAAUGUUAAGAUUUUGACAUGAAUUUCUGACAGGAAUAUGAAUGUCUUUAAUCUCGGGUUGGGUGUCACUUUGGCUGAGGAUUCGACGCAGGUUAAUACUCGUAAACUAUGAGAGCUACAGAGUUGAAGUAAAUGUUUUAUUAGUAGAGCAGACUUUGCUCGUGGUGGUUGUAUCACUCACUCGAUUAACAUUUGCAGUGAUGAGUUGAACUGAAGUCAGUGAGAGCUGUGACUCCGAAAGUAAUAGAUCAAUUUGCGUGAUUCAAACUUUAAGUUGCUCGUGAGUGAGCACUGAGUGGUGCUAGUAAAGUGGAAUAACUAUAAAGUUACUAACUUUGGUUUUGAAGCCAUUGAUUGCAAAAUGCUUAAGUGAAAAAUUGCUAAGUUGGAAAAAAGAAAGAAAACGAGUAAAAACGUCCAAGCAGAAGCAAUUAAAAAUGCAGAGAAGUAUCGUAGGUAUCGAAUGAGGCAAAAAGUAGCUGAGAGAAAUUAGCUUUUGGGACAAAACAAACCCCUGAAUGAGGCACAAAAUUUGCGCUGGAGCGAGCUUCAGCCGUCUACCUUGCGAGAAGCGACGGGGAAUGCAGAAAAUUGUUUGGUAAUGAAGUAGAUAUGCUCUCUGAUGAUUUUGAUGUUUAAAUGGUCAGUUGAGCCAGUGGUUAUGAACGAUGGGCCUAGUUCAUCGUGGUUUGGUGACAAUUUUUCUGGUGUGGCCACCCGACCGUCAAUUAAGACGUUCGUUGAAUUCACGUCAAAAAUAUGGCAACAUUAGUUUUGUUAAAUAAUUUCAUUUAUUUCAUACUCAACAUUCCAGUUCAGUACUAUUUUUUUUGGGUGGGUUUCUCGGCUGUUCACCUUGGCCAUCAGUUUGCAUUACUGUGCUGCCGGCAUUUUUAGUUCUUUACUGUCGGUUUUCAUUUCAGUACAGCAUUUCCUGUUGUCUAUUAGGUUACAUUUCACAAUUCUUACUUGCAAAUUUUGGCUUCUCGUUAAAACUUUUUUGACGUUAAAUAAUCAUGCAAAAAAAAAUUAACACGGUUUGGCUUUGUUCCUAAAAUUCCUGUAUUAAAGACUAUUCACUGAGUUUAAGUGUUCUAGAAACUCAGUUUAUUGAAAAUAAGUUGUAGAUACAAUAUCCAACGUAAACACACAUUACAAAUCUAAUAACCAUUUUGUUUACAGCAAAACAACAACAAAAAAAAUUAACCGAAAAACAUUAGGCUAACUAUUUAACUGCGGUAAAGUCAGGAGCAACAAAAGUAGACUAAGCUUACAGUUGUCAAUAGAUACGUUUUCUUACAUUGUGACGAAUUGAGUGAAGGUCGGAUAAACUGGACAUUAUUCUACUCACAAAAUCACAUUUAGGGCCUGGAAAAAUUAGCAUCUAUUUAUUACAUAAUUAGCAUUUAUGAUGUUGAAAAUUAGCAUCUAUUUUCCAGAAAUUAGCAUCUAUUUUUGAGAAAUUUGCAUAAGAUAUUAAAGUUACAUAACAAUACAAGAAGUUGUAAUAGUGUUUAUACCCAUUAUGACGAAUUUUAACACAAACCAAAAUCAUUAAACGGUAUUUGUAAACAAACGUUUGACCACUAGUAAUUUCAGAUGGAAACAAACUGACGAUUCGAGUUGACCAACUUCAGUACGCUAAAUGUGCACCACAAAAUGUAUGAUUUGUCCCUAUGUAAAAUAUUGAUCAGAAAAAAAAUUUGAAGACUAAAGUGAUUAUCAACGAAUGUAAAAAACCGCGUACUAAAAUAUUUGUAGUAGUUUUCAGCAUUUAAAAUAUUUUCAUUUUUAUCUUUGCAAGUUCACUACGAUCCCGUCAACGAUCUAGAUAUUUUCUAGGUUGUUGGUUUCCGUGAUGCGCUUCCCGGGAAAUUUUGUUUUGUUAGGUUAGAUACUCUUCAUGAACAGGCAACACACGAUGCAAUGGCGAACGUAGGCGAACGUGAUGUGAUCUAACAAAACAAAAUAACUGCGUCGAUAAGUAGUGUGAACAUUCUUUUCUAAACAACAUUCAACGGUAUCUUGAGUAAAUCGUAAAGAAUAAAUUUACAAAAUUACUUAUUCUAUACUAUCAUGCGUGAUAUUUGGUUAAGGAAUGUUUUAUAAAUAAAGGUUAGGAUUCGGAUUUUAUUCCUUCAACAAGCCUUGUCAGAAGCUAUUGUUUACGGUAAUUGUGUUAUGGUGGCUAUUUUCAAAAAAAAUACUUUGAGGAAUGUGUGUUCAAGCCAUUUUGUUGCAUUCUAUAGUGGUUUUUCGCCCGAUAAUGGCAAUUUUACCGCGAUUUCGCAAAUAUAGCAUUUAUAACAACAAUUAGUAAAAAAUCGCAUCUAACCUCAAAAUUCGCAAAAAAAUCGCAUCUAUCGCAAAUUGCGAAUUUUUCCGGCCCCUACACAUUGCUAAUGCGAAAGAAACAUACACAUAUGUAGGCCUGCGUAACCAUUCUUAAAUGCUAUCAAAGUGAGAUUAUAUAGCUAAAUGUUCAGUGGUUUUAAAAUUGUGUGUACUUUCUUUAGCUCUAUAAGCCCUUUCUUGCUUGAGGCAGACAAGUCCCUAAUCUAAAUAAAAGGAAAGCCAUAUCGCUUGCCUAAGUUGUGAGUAAUCAGAGGAAGAGUAAUCUGCAUUAAAUUGACAUUAAAGGGCACACAUGCACUUAAAACAAGUUUGACAUAUAUAUAUAUAUAUAUAUAUAUUAAUAUUCUUAAGAUUUUUCCUUGCCUUGUUUCAUAUUUAAUAUUGAUAAUUAAUUUCCUUGUAAUUUUAUGACCAUAUAUGUAUGCUUUAUAUUUUCGUAAAAUAAUGGUUAUUUUAUUUUGAAGAAAGGAUGCAUCUAUGAUACUGAGUAUUUAAUGUAUGUAUAGUAUAUACAGGUUGUCCUAUAAAAAAUGUACUUAUGCCAUAUAUAUUUAUAUUUGUUUAUCAACAUAAGAUUAAUUUUUAGUUUUAAUUGAACAGUACAGUAAAUGAAAGUAAAAAAAAAGUGGAAACAAAACCACUGUAAUUCCAUCUGGAUUUUUUUUCCACAUUAUGUAUUGUCAUUCCAAGUGUUAAGUACUUUUUUUUGGGACAUUAAGUAGAUUUAAAUAUUUGGUCCCUUUUCAAUCUAAGUUAAAUUUUAUGUGCUAAACUUUGUUUUAAUUGAUUUUUUUCUUUUGUACAAGUUAUUUUGCACAAUGCCAGGUAUUCCAAAACAUUAUUUUAUUCAAGAAGAAUUUGUUUUGGCUAUGCAUGUUUAAAGUAAUGCUACCUUCAGAAAUGUUUGUGGGAAGAACUACUGAUCGUGAUCACAUUGCCACAUCCAUAUUCAACAAAAUAUGCCUUUAAAGAGAUUUAAAAAAAAAAAUCAGGAGAGCUGAGAUCACCAGUAUGAAAAUCAUGUACAAAUAAAGUUUGGAAUUUUGGAAGUUAAACUUUAAGGUAUGUGUUGAACUUUUAAUUCUGUGAAUUAGUAAUUCAGAUUGGUUCUUCUUUUUCACAUUUAUGUGAAUCAGAACAAUAUAUGUAUGUAAUAUCGGGUUAGCAAAACUUUGUUAAUCUGCAUUGUGGUAUAGUGGAGUCAUAGUUGGCAUUGGAAAUGCAGGAUAAGCAAUUUUUAGAAAGUGUCUCUUGAAAUAUCCCCAAAUAUGUCAAAAUGUGAAAUGUCACCAAAUGUGUUGAACAGAAAUGGAAAAAGUCUUUGUGAGACAGCUAUUAUUUGUGGAAUGUAGAACUGUGAUCAGGAUGUGCCUGCUUUAUUUAAAAAAUAAAUUUUAAUAGUUGAAACUAUAUUACUGUUCCAUAACUUUGAAGAAAGGUACACAUUUUUCUAUGUAUUGCAUCAUUUAAUGAUGCUUUACAAUCAUCACACAUUCCAUUCUUGCAUUUAAUGGGUAUACUAUGCCAAAAAUAUGUAAUUUUUUUUUUUUUACAUAUAUUUAAAGUGGAUGAGAGUUUUCACAUUUAACACAUAGGAUACAUUUAGUGUAAUAAUUUGUGUGGGUUGUGGUAAUCAUUUUUUUUGUGAUAGUGGAUAUGCAGCUUAAGUAUAAAGUACAUGUAUUUAUAAAAUUAAUUGUGUAAAUAGAUUUGUAUUUUUGUUUAUAACUUUAUAGUGCUUACAGAAGCACACAUUAUUUAUGUUGUAAAUAACAAUAUUUUACACCAAUUUGUUAAUUAUUUUUAGAUUUUUUUUUUAAGUGCAUGGUGAAAUUUUUCUUGGAUAAAUUUCUGGCACACUGAUGUAUUUAUUGGUAAUAUUAAUAUCACUAAUAUAAUAAUAUUUUGUAGCUAAAGUUGUUUUACCAACUGUGCUUAGGCUACUAAAAUAAUGAAAGAUAAAAACUGAAAGGUUUAGUUGAAGAUAAUGCUUUAUUCUUCAUUUUAGUCAUUACUUUUCAUAGAUAAAUAAUUUCAUUCAUUUUUAAAAUAGGAAAGUUUUUCAUGGGAAUUUUAGAUCUGUGUUAAUAUUAAAACAAAUUUGAUACAAAGGUCAGAUUGAAAACAUGGAGUGGAAUAUAGUUGUCAUUAUGUGUGUACUAUUUUGUAAUAGGUGGACAUAGACUUGAAACCCCCUAUUCAAAUCAAGUGAAUAGCUUCAGAUCGACUUAAAGCCCAGUUCAUUGUUCUUGAUGGGGUGAAUCUUGGCAGUAUUUUCUUAAAAUUGGGUACAAUUUUGAUUCAAGAUGUUUUUUUUUUGGGACAUGUGCCAUUGCUGGUUAUGCUGUAUGUCAUCCUCAUAAGACCUCGAUAACGGACAGAAAAAAUGAAUUUACAAAAAAUAUGAACAUGUAAACACACAGAAAAGAAGCUGAAAUCACCCAAUUUCAAUUAAAUUAAAAACAAAAACAGCACAGAAAAUUCCUUGGAAGGCAUUAGUCAGAAAAAUUAUAAUAGCACAGACGGACACAGUGGGCAACGAUGAGACAGUAGCAACAAGAACAGUAAAUAAAGACAAGAAAUGACAUUGGAAAAUACAGCUACAAACAAACGAAACCAACUUAAAAGGUUCUUAAUACUUGUGAUACUUAAUAGAUUAUAUGGGCAACACAAGGACAACACAUACGCACAGGCGAAACCAGUGAUGUGAAAAAACAGAUAUUCUGAACACCACAAUGUUGAGAUCACACACGAACACAGCAGGUGUCCUCUAAGACAACAGUUGUGAAGUUUUGGGAACCGAGAUCUGUUUCCGUCCUCAGGCACAAACAGACUGUAUAUUCAUGUUUUUUUGCCUGUUUUUGAGGGUUUUUUUUAAUGACAUAUAGUGUAACAAGCAAUGGCUUACAUCCAAAAUAACAUCUGGAAUCAAUAUUUCCUCCUUUGCAAGAACCAUUUAAAGGAAAUUUGUACAUUUUGUCACGUACAACUAUCUUGCAAACACUUUACAUUUGAACUAAAGCUGUACCAAUUCACAAAAUUUUGCUGAUACGCCGAUACACUUGUUGCUGAUUCACCGAUUCUGAACCGAUACAGAAGAAAACACAUUUUGGUUAAAGUCUUUUAAUAAAUGUAUUGCAUCAUUCUAAGAAAAGCAUGCAAUACAAAUGAACAUGUAUUUUAGUUUAUAAAUGGAUCAUAACAUCUUUUUUUUUAAACUCUUAUUUUUAGCUUGUUUUCAUUUGUUGAUUGAUGACCCGUAAGUUACUUAUUGAAUAAAGAAUUUUCUUAUGGCGGCUGCAAAAUGUAAUUAUUUAAUACUUAAUCAUAUAAAAUAAAAUAAUUUAAUAGGUAACUAUGAAAAGUAUUGAUUCACAAAAUAUGAAGUUUAAAAAAAUGAAUUUAAAAUGUGCAAAAUUGCGAGACUUUGAACAUGUUUACAAUUCAAGAACAGGAAUUCCAAUACCAUCUAAACAUGUGCGGCGGUGAAAAUUUACUGUACCAUACAUUUUUAUGGAAAUACAUUUUUAUGGAAAUACAUUUCUAGUGGUCGCUUUGCACGGGAAACAGUAUAAGUAAUUUACGUUAUGUGAAGUCCUAUAUUAUUUGGUUAUUAUUUUUUUUAUUCAAUUCUAAAAACUAUCAUAAGUUAAUUAAAAAAGUCUCAGUCACUGUAUUACGAACAUUUCUUUGCAGUGCAAGCAUUUGGUAUUUUCCGUUGUUUGUAGUGGUAGCCAUGCAUUAAAUAAAGCAAGUUUUUGUUUUCUAACAUUACCGUGCUGUUGAUAUAUUUAUUUACGAUGUAUUAGAUUCAAGAACGUUAUUAAAACAAAGGAUGUUUAAGUUUGAUAUGUAUGGCUGGCAAAUGUAGCUAAGAAAUGAUGCUCAAAGUAUUUAGUACCUAGUAUUAAAAGUGAAAAGGGUGCUGGUCAAUUUUUGGGUUAUGACAGGCACUUUCAUUUUUCAGUAAUUUUGACCAAAAAUUAAUAAGCAUAUCGUGAAUCAGCAGAAACGUAGAUUCAACUAAAUAUAGGCAAAAUUGACAUCUGCCGAUUCGUAUUGGUACAGCUCUAGUUGAAACCUCGUGUUUACAUUCUCACUAUUUAAACAAUUUUUUGAAGUACAUUUUAUAUUUCAUUAUUACUUUGUCCAGAAAACGUAUGUCUUGCUAGUGUUUACAUUUAAAAACACUGGGAUUAAGCCAUUUUUGAAUGAAAGUCUUGCAGUAUACUGUAUAUUUGUAACAGAAAAAAAAGAAUUGAAAAUAUCAAUGUUCAGUACAAAUUUAGCUCCACAAAAGUGUUGAAUCUUUGAUUAUCUAGUCAAAAUGCAGGAUGGCUCUACUCUUGUUUAUAAAAGAUGCUAAUAUGUACUAGGCCUAUGCAAAUACUAGUUUCAUGAUGUAAAGCAAAUAUCAAAUUGAAUUUUAAAAAUAAGUCGAAUCAUGAAUAUUCUUCUCCACUUAUUUUAUAAAAUACAGGAUUUAAGAAAAAAAAAAUCAUUUAAAAUUUUAAUGUUUGAAUUCAAGUGUAUUCAAGUAAUUUUUGAAUUGACUAACCAAUUGGGCCCUAUGCAUAACAUCAUUCAAUUAAAAUUAUAAAAUAACCAUGCAUAAUGUUAAUAUUGAGCAUUCAAUAAAGCAAAGAAGUGCCACCUUUUGAUUUUUUUUUAAGUAUACCAACUUUAUUUAUGUGAAACAAAUGCAAAUAAAACUAAAUAUUAAAUAUUUUUAUAAGGCUUCCAAUAUUUGAAAGCUUUGCAACACAUGUGAAGCUUCACAUCAGAUGUGAAACUUUGCAUCACAACCUCACUCCAAAUAAAAUGAAUAGCAAAUUUCCUGGCGAAGUCAAAUUAAAUAUAAAAAAGAUAUUUGAAUAAUUUGCUUAGCCAAAGCUUUGCACAGGCCUAUUAUGUAUGGUCAUGUGCUUUAAUCCUUCAUUAUUCAGUUCGCCACAUUCUUUUGUCUGGCAAUGAUCAAGUUGCUAUUGUUUGGAUUUUUCCAGGUGAAUUCUGACAUUCAUUGUCCUUGAUAGUGGAGAUUUUUCUAAACAGUAACACAUGUGUAUUUCCUUUGUCGGAAGGUAGCUUAUGAAACUUGUUAAUAUAUCGUACUGUCUAUGAACUUAAAAUAUUUAAUAUCAUAUUUAUAAUAUUAUUUUAUGCAAGAUAAAAUAAAAAAAAAUGUAUUAGUAAUUUUCUUCUUGCAUUAUUAAUUAUUUACCCGUAGUAUUAUAAAAUAAUCAAUUUUAAUACUCUACAAUUUAUUUCAAAAAGCCUUUGCAACUAUUUGAGUUUGACUCCACUUUUAAGGACUUGACUAAAAAAUAAUCAUGACUGGAUUCGACUCAACACUUAAGGUAUAAUUACUGAAUUUGGCUUUACUUGAUUGAAAAAUUUGCACUCUUGUCCAUCUGAAACAUUUUGAUAUACUUGUUAAGUAUGCAUCAAGGUGCGCCAGCAAACUUUGACACAAGGUUGUCCACAUUCUGGAAAAUCAGGGAAUUUGAAAGUGUUCAGUGAAAGUCAGGUAAAUUAGUUGAAAUCCUGGAGAAGUUAUGAAAAUUCCCCCCCCCCCCCCACCCCCACCCCCCCACCCCCCUCCCGUGAUAGAAAUUUGAGGGGAAAAUAUCAUGCACCAGUCUGGCAUCACUCAGACUUUGAAAGCAUUUUUUUUGACGGUGUUUUAUUGCAUAGUCAUAAACACUGUAAAAUUGCAUAUCUAAGGUUUUGUUUGAACUGGGGCAGCUAUCUGGAUUGUGGAGACAGGAUUUUCUUUAUAACUUUCAAAAGAUUGCAAAAUUGAUAAAAAAAUUUUUAAAAAAACCAGUCAGAAAAUGGGGUAACUUUGGUCAUGGAAAGUCAGAGAAAUUUUAUUCCUAAUUUGUGCAGAUAGCCUGCAUGACAUUUGAAUAUUUUUAUAAAAGUAAUAAAAUAAAUAAAGAUGGGUUCAUGAGUGACUAUUUGGCUGCUAUGUGAAGCUGCGUUGGUUUUGUUUAUUAAUUAUUAUAUUGCAAUAAUCACAGUACCGUAUCUUGAAAAGUGCUUUUAAUAACUGGAAUGAUUGUUAUGAUUUUAAUUUUUCAGUUCAAGUUUUUAACAUAAAAGCUAUGUAGUAGAUGGACCUAUCAUCACUUUAAAAUACCUUUGUCUUAUCAGACCUUUCCUAGAUUUUUGUAAUAGAAAAAAAGGGCGUAUGUGCUUAUGUACAUGCGUUAGAAGUAAUUCUUCUAUGGUCUUACUAAAAUAUUAACCUCAAAAAUUUUAGAAUGCAUACUAGGACACUAAUUAUAUGUUGGUAUAUUAGUAUGUUUUUGCUUAAAUGUCUUGGAUCAGGUUGUAAAUACUUUCUACAAGCAAACCUUAACCUUAAUGAUCUUUGAGCUUUAAAAAUAAAAAUUUCAUCACCAAAUACUUUCAUUCAACAUGGCGUUGAAUAAAUGUAACAAUUAAUUUAUUGAGCCUCUACAGUAUGAUAUAUCUUGCUUUAGAUGUAAGUAGUACAGGAUUAUCUUAAUUUGAAUGCCAGCAUCUUAUGUAUUUUUUAAGUUACCAUUAUUUCUUGUUAUAACUAUAAAUUAUGACAAAGUAUUACAGGUUAGUUUUACUAUCCAUUAGCUGUGUAUGUCCUGCGAUGUUCACAAAAGCAAUAUAUAUUGAUGAAUUAUACCAAUCUGCCAUCUUUUCGAGAUUUUUGCCUCUAAAGAAGUAUGACUUUAAAUAACUGGUAUAAAGUACUUUCAGGCUUUUACAGCCAUGUCGUGGUUAGUUACUUACUAAGUUGAGGGAAAGCCUAUCUUAGUGCCUCAAAACUAUUUGUAGUUUGUCGGCAUCUUUUAUAGUGGCGGAAAUUGUGUUGUAGUUGACCAGUUAGUGUAGAUUGACGCAACAGGAUGAAAGGAAGUAAAUUCUGUACCAACUUUGUUGUACUUAAAAAUUUUAUAUUUGCUGUGCAUUUGUGAAAUUAUAUAUUCAUGUCAACUAUAUUUUCUUGAAAGUGAUGAUAUAAUUGCUGUGAUUUUAUUUUAUGCUGAUUCAGAGACUAUAUAUGUAUGUAUUUCAGACUAAGGUUUAUAGUGUAAUGUUAAAUUAAACUUUGCACAUUCAGCAUAUAUUGCAGAAGUUAAGAAGUACUUUUUCGUGUAUAGGUGAAGAACGUGAACAUAUUUUAGUUUUUUGGUAAAUGAUCUGCUUUCCUUGUCUUAAACUUCCAAAAUAAGUUGACCAACACUAAAAAAAGUAAAGUGUUUAUUUUAAAAUUCUUGUGAUUUAUUAUAGGUUUUUAGCAAGUCUUUUUUUAAUCACAAAACUAAGUCAAAGCUAAGAUUACAUGAUGCAAUGUUCAUGCAAAAAGCAUGCAAAAUGCCAAACUCCCAUGCUAGCUCUUAGAAAAUAUUUCAGAACUUCCCAUACAAGGCUAAAUCUUUUGAAAAAUAGUAUGUUGCACUAUGUUUAGUCGCAAAGCCGUGCCUCUUACAAUGAACAAGUGAUCGUUUUGGUCCUUCUAUCCUGGUCACGUGACAGGACACCUAAGAUUCACACCAGUCCAUUCUGAUGCUGGGUUUGUGCAUGUUCGCCUUUUUUUCUCCUUGGUUUUUUCCCCUCCCUCUGUUUAACUGAUUACCUAAAAUUAACACGUCAUCGUUUUUAAUUUUAAGUUGUAAUGUGUAAUGUAAUAAGUAAUGUGUUGUAUUUAAUUAGAAGGUUUAUAUCUCUUAAGUCUAUGAAAGACAUCAAAAUCCUUCCAGCAUAUUUUUUAUUUUACACGAUGACAAUAAAAGAGUGUCCCAUUUUCAGUGGUAAAUUAUAACAGUUUAAUUUAGACUAUUAACAAAAAAUCAUACAUCUAAAUUGAAGGUAAGCUAACCUAGUUUUUUAUACAAAUGUUCAAAUGUGCACCUUUAUUUAGGUAUAUGGCACACAUCCAACAAAGUCCAAUUCUUCCCACACUUUGGUUAACUCGCCCAGAGUAAUGGAAACAAUAAUAGCCUCUUCAAUUCUGUGUCUCAACUCUGGCAAACCGUUAGGUAGCAGCGAACGUAGGCAGCUGGAUACAAUCUUUUAUAUAGCCCCAAAGGAAAAAGUCACAUGUCGUGUCAGGUGAAUCUGGAGGCCAGCGAUAGAGAGCUCUGUCGUCGCGACCAGUACGACCAAUCGAACGGUCAGGAACUUCGACGUUCAACCUCUCUCGUACAAAGAGAUUACAAUCUGGAGGGGCUCCAUUCUGUUGCCAAAUAAAGUAUACAUGUUCACCCUCUACUAAUUGGGGAAAGAGCCAUUCUUUCGUGCUGAAAGCGAGAAAACGACAAAGUAGUAUUCGGGCAUGCGCCGAUCUAAAACAUUUUGAGUUACUCUUUAAUUGUGACCUUGAACCAACACACUGCAUCCUUACAGUAGAUAUUAUUAAAAGUUUAAAAGUUAUAUGGGGACAUUCUUUUAUGGACAUUAUUUAGGUGUUACCGAAGUUUCACGAGCGAGCGGUGAACUUCGGUAAACUUAGAAACUUGUCAGAUUACAUAAUGGACAGGUGUGAACCUUAGGCUGCCCAUCAGGUGACUGCCUUGCACACGAAACAUAGAGGUAAGAAUCGUGCAUUCUGUAUCUAGCAGUGCAUUGAGAAAUUUGGUGAAAUUAAGAUUCAGGUUCAAGAUACAAAAUGAAGUGGAGUUCAUAUAUUAAGAACCAAAUUUUUGAAUGUGCGAAAGAAAUUUUUUUUUCUUUUCCCCAAUACAUGUUGCAUACUUAACAUAAUAAAUAAAACUUAAAAAGAAAUAAUUAAUUGGACACAAACAUUUUUUAUCACUUUGGAUUUGAAGCAAACUCUGUUGACAUUUUCGCAAAUGGUAACUUGCUUGUGCAAAUGUGUGCGUGUGUGUAGGCAUGUGGGAAACUUCGACAAAGUCAAUCAAUCGAAGCUCUUUAAUAUUUGAUUUGACUUUGCCAGGAAAUUUGCUAUUCGUUUUAUUUGAAGCUUCGGUUGUAAUUAAAAGUUUCGCAUCUUAUGUGAAGCUUCGCAUUUGUUGCUUUUUGUAUUUUGUAUGUUUUACUUGUGUGAAGUUGGUUUCUUAAAAAUAUAAAAAGGGGGUUUUCUGUUUGCGUUUAUGAAUGCUCAAUAUUAAUACUAUGCAUGGUUAUUUUAUAAUUUUUAUUGAAUGAUGUUAUCUGUAGGGCCUAAUUGGUUAAUCACUAAUCAGUUCAAACACUACGAAUGUUAAUGAUUAUUUUUUUUACUUCAAUCCUGUAUUUUAUAAAAUAAGUGUAAUACAGCUUUACAGAGAACAAUAUUCCCAAUUUGAUUUCUUUGCAAAUAUUUGAAAUGUUUAAUUUGCUUCAAAAAACUAGUAUUUGCAUAGGCUUAUGUGUAUGCGAUUGCAUUCUGCUUGGGAAUUGCGUGGAAUUAUUCCAUGAGAUCUGGCAUUGCGCAAUGUGGCCUUUUUGUACCUUGCAUCAUGUGAGGCCAACUAAAGUUUUUUUUUGUAAUUUUUUGAGUAUGGAAUUAUGAGUUCCAGGAUACAAUAGUUUUUCCCCUCUUAUUUCAUCAUGAAUAUAUAAUGAGCAGAGCUAUUUCUGUGUGUGAUUAAUAAUUUUGCAGUAAACACUCCAUUAGUUUUUAUUUUUAUGUUUAAAUUUGUUUGAUGUUUUAUAAAUAAAACUGUUCUGUGUGUUAUCUAUUUAAAUAAUUUAACAAAGGCUAUUGCUAGUCUAAUGUGAUGACAAUCCAGCUUACGAGAUGAGUAUACAAAUCUUAAUUUUCACGAUGCCUAAUGUAUUUAUAUUAUACUCAAAUGUUGGUAGUUUUUGUUCCUUUCAAUCACGUAGGAAUGUGAGAAAAGUACUUUUUUACUGUUUCACUUUUAAGUGUUAUUACUUAACCUUUUUUUGUGUAAUAACUAAGACAGUUAAGAAUGUUUUACUUACCUCAUAUGUUUGAGAAGAGGAGAGGCCUACCAAUGAAUGAGGUACAGACAAUAGCUACAUGAUAAAAAAAAACCUCAAUUUUCUGUCCUGUGGUGGCAUUCGUUAGGAAUAGAUAAGAAACCAUAAACAAACAACUUUGUUUUGAGUUUUGUGUAUACUUUGUAUUUACCCCUACAAUCCCUGCCAUCACGUACCCUUGUUUUCAAAGUUUGAAUUAGUCUUCAUUUAAAAAUGGAUACAGUCAAACCUCAUUAAUACAAACUAAAAGGGAAAAAAAUUUUGUCACUUCGCAUUAAUGAGGUUUUCUACUAAACAAACUGUUACAAAAUUUAAUUACAAUUUUUACAUAAUUUCUAAAAACUUUACAGUUAAAAUUUGUAAACAAUUUUGUACUACACUCAAUUAAUUUUUUUUAGGGAUUGCAUAGUAUUAUUUUAGGAUGGUUAUACCUAUGGCUCAGAAAAUGUUUUCUACUGUAUUACACUUAAAAGGAUUUAAGUUAGAAGAGGAAAGUAAAGGUGUAGAAAUUACCUGCAAAAAGACAUACAUACUACAAAAAUUUUAAAAGAUUAAAAUUUCCAAACUCCCCCCUCCCCGCCCACUAGCAAUGAGUUAUUGUUAUUUUAGUUGAAACUUCACAUUGUUUCUUUACAUUAUUCUGUAAUAUUGUAUUAACCAUACUUUUGUAUUUAAGAAAUUAACCAACACUGUAAUUCCUAUGUAAUUUGUAGGAACAGUGAAAACACUUUGUAUUGUAUGAACAGCGUAUUUAUUAAUGAUGUUUCACUGUGAUGUCUCCAUUGAAUUGACACCGCAGGUGUUGCAAGCUUUGCAAUUAUUCCAGCAAGGUUUCCCGGGAAGGUGGGUCAGCCAGCCCUUGAUGUUAACAUGAUGUAUGUGAUCAUCAAGCGGUUAGCUGGCACUGGAAGUGGGACAAAGAGCACUCAUGCUGCGGAGAGUUGCGGGCGAUGGUUAGCAAGUGCAGGGAAGUGUUCCAAUAUUUUCUCUCACCCUUGCCGCUGUAAAUACUAAAUUAAAAAAAAAAUGUGUUCGUGGAGUCCACGUGAUAGUAGUGAAACUUCUUGCUUAUUAUAUUAUUAGGUAUAGGAAACACAAUUCUCUUUGACUGAAGUUGCAUAUUUAAAAAAAAAAAAAAAAAAAGGGAAGUGUGCGAGUGCUAAAUUGGAUGGUGUUAUGUAAAAAUGGUUAAACUCACAAACAUUUUCAACUGAGUAAAUUGAGCUCAAAGUUGAACACACAACAACCGGUAUUGUGGCAGUGCGUUGAAUGUUUGGUCGCAAGAUGGCAUAGUAGCAAGGAAUGUCGGUUAAAAUUUUUUAGCUCAAUUAAAAGUGUCAUUUUACCUACACAGUUAUUUCAAAAACUUUUUUUUUUUUCUUUUGUUGGUUAACUCAUUUGUGCAUAACACCAUCCAAUUAUGCUAUUGAACAAGUACGCAUGUAUGCAAGUGUGCAAGUAUGCUGCGUCAUUUCUACCUCUCCUCCCCUGCCGUCUCCUCCUCUACCGGUUCCCCCCACCACGUACCUAACUGUUCUCCUCGUGCAAUCUGAAUUUUCGUAACGAUAGAUAGAAAAUUGUAGAUACCUCAGCAAAGAAGUUUCACUUAAAAAAAAAAGUUUCGGCAGGAGUGUGUGAAUUGACAGCUGGGUGAUAUCCGGCCCAUCUUCCAUCUACCAUCGUCUGGUGUUUGUUGUGAUGUUCUUUACUUGGUUACUCUGUGUAACAUCAUUAUGGCAAGUGAAAUUUAGAACACAUUAAUUUUAAUUCAGUGUGUUUGCUUCUGUGUAUCAUAUAAAACAUUAUCUAUCCUUUUUUUUUUUAAUUUUAGCGUAUAAUCACUGCACUCUUAAGUUUUUGGUCAAUCAUUUGGUCAAAUUGUAGUAGGGAUUAUAUGAGCAAUCACAGCACUGCCCCUCUACUAAUAUAGGCCACCAUGUGACCAAAAAAUCAAAGUAUUUUUUUUUUUUUGUUGGUUUAUCAUGUACUGUCUGUUCUAGUGUUAAAUCAUUCAUACAUUCUAUACCUCAUUGCAUUGGUAUUUCUUAUCGAAAAUAAGAGUAAGUAAAACAUUCUUAGUUAUAUUGGUUAUAACAAAAUGUUAAGUACUAGUGCUGUAUUAGACUUACUGAAUAAUACUUGUUCUCUGAACUUAUUUUGGAAAUAGUCCUAACAAAAUAUUUGCACACCUGUGGAAAUAUUGAUAUCGGCAACUGUAAUUUACUAGCCUGUAUGAAUGUGGUAAAGUAAUUAAUAUUUAGUUUCAAGAACAACUUAAAAAAAAAUCACGUGUAAAGCUGAAUUUUGAAACAUUUUCAAUGUUUAGUCGAUAUGUAGAUGAACAUGUGACUCGUGAAAUUUUUUGCAUGUGAGGAAAUAUUCUUUUUGUGUUAACCUGAUGGUGAGUUGGAGUUAUUUAUAACAUGUAUUUCUGGUCAUAUGUGUGUGUUUUAGUGGUGUCUUAAUUAAUUUAUUAUUAAUGAUAUGUUUAUCACAAAGUGUGUGUUUCUUGUAUUGUGCCUUUAAGGAAAUCAUCAUAUUCAAAAGUUGACGUUUUGUGGUGUUCCGUCCAUCAAGUAAAAAAUAUAUAUAUUAUUUGUGUAGUGUUUCACCUGUUACUGUGGCUGUUCCCUCGUUCACCUGUCCCUCAUAAUUAUGUGAUUUUUAAUCAGUGUAAUUGGUCUGUGUCUCAGCUUCUUGUCACAUUCGUGGACUGCCUAAUAAUAAUUAUGGCAAAUUUUAGAUUUUUUUUUUUUUGCAAAAUUUAUAAACUGCUCUAUAUUCAGUCAGUCAUCUGUAGCCUCUUCUGGUAUGUUGUGUUUAUCAAGCUCUUAUAUUUUAUCGUCUGCAUAAAUGUGUGUGCUGUGUUAUAUUCUCAAAUGGUGACAGCAUUAUCAAAUUCCAUUACAUAUCUUAGCAUGAAUUAUCAAUUUCAAAAUCUUCUUGACUCUUUGUACAAAAUACAGCCUGUCUCAGUAAGUAUUUUUUUUUUUUUGCUAAUCUUGAACCACAACUUCUUUUUUUCUUCUGCACAGCAAGGAAGAAAAUAUAUAAGUUUUGCAGAGGAUCGUAGUUGUCCUUAAAACUUUUUUUUGUAGUAGUUUUCACUUAUAAUUAAGAGCAGUGUAAAUAAGGGCAAGUAUGCACAUAAUUUCUUUUUAAGCUUUGCAUUUAUGGUAGUGAACUUUUACAUUCCAUUGUUGUGAGAUUAAUAUUAAAGUGACACAAGUUUGUGUAUUUAUUUUUUAUGCAGAAUUGUAUUUUUGUAAUUGUACUGUAAACAGUUUCACUGUAAAUAAAAUUGCAUUCUAUUGUG